AUGAAGUGUUGGCUCUCAUCGCAUCCGUCUAGAUGGCAAAUAUUUGUAGCCAACCGAGUGUCGGAAAUUCAGCACAUCUCCCGAGAAGGCGUUUGGAAUCAUGUGCCCGGCGUUGAGAAUCCGGCUGAUAUUAUUUCCCGGGGUGCGACACCGCUUCAACUAGCAGAAAGCUCUGUAUGGUGGAACGGUCCCAGUUGGCUCGAGAAAGAUUGCAACGAAUGGCCGAAAACGUAUGAAGCUCCAGAGCAACAAUUCGAUUCAGUUGCGUUGGAAGAAAAACCCUUAGUAACGACAGCGUUACAGAUGCUACCUCCUAGUGAAAUCUUCAUUCUUCAUUCGUCAUUGUUCAGACGAACAGGAGUGCUUAGUGCACGAGAACAUGAAGAAGCAUUGCUCGUUUUAGUGAAAUUGGCACAAUCCGAAUGUUUUCCAAUUGAACUGUCGGAUCUAGCAGCGAGAGGAGAAGUUAAGCCUACCUCUAGAUUACAUUCCAAAGAUCCUAAGCUACGAGACGGUGUGAUUCACGUUGGCGGUAGACUUCGUCAUGCUUCAGUCACGUUCGACAGAAAACACCCGAUAGUGUUGGACAGCAGUCACCCAUUAACCAAGCUGAUAAUGAAAGACUAUCACCAUAAACUCCUCCACGGAGGACCGCAGCUUAUGCUUUCCUGCAUGAAGGAAAGAUUCUGGCCACUUUGUGGGCGAAACCUAGCGAAAAAAGUAGUUCAUGAAUGUGUUCCUUGCUUUAGAGCACGACCACGCGUCCACGACCAACUGAUGGGCGAUUUACCGUUGGAAUGGGUAACUCCAGCUCCUGCCUUUCCGCGAGUUGGAAUUGACUACUGCGGUCCAUUCAGCCUCCGUCACACGUCGCGAAAGGCCACUCCGGCUAGGUGUUACUCGUGCUUGUUCGUCUGCUUGGUGGUCAAAGCUGUCCACAUAGAAGUGGUAGCCGAUCUUACGACCGAAGCCUUUAUCGCAGCACUAAAACGUUUCAUUGCCAGGCGUGGCAAACCUGAAGUAAUUUUUUAUGAUAAUGCCACCAAUUUCGUAGGCGCUCAAAGAAAACUAAGCGAAUUGCACCGACUGUUCCGCUCUGAACAAUUUCAAAAUCCGAUAGUUACAGAGGCAGCAAAAGACAUGAUCGAUUUCAAAUUUAUUCCUGCGAAAUCACCGAACUUCGGUGGGUUAUGGGAAGCAGCCGUGAAAUCCCUAAAGGGUCACAUGCGACGAGUCAUUGGAAAUAAUUCACUCCGUCCUGAUGAGAUGUUCACCGUUGUCACGCAGAUCGAAGCCUGUCUCAAUUCGAGACCAAUCACUCCACUAAGCAACGAUCAUCGAGAUCUGGAAGCCCUUACUCCUGGGCACUUCCUAAUACAGCGCCCUCUCACCGCCGUUCCAGAACCCAGCCUCACGGAUAUUCCGGAAAACAGACUAAGCAGGUGGCAAUUAGUUCAACAGUUCUUCCAAACGAUCUGGAAACGUUGGUCAACUGAAUAUUUUUCAGAUCUUCACAAUCGAAACAAAUGGACAAGAAGAAGAAACAACCUACACAUCGGAACGAUGGUUUUGGUAAAAGAGGAUAAUUUACCCCCACUGAAGUGGCAAUUAAGACGUGUUGCAGAGAUUCAUCCAGGAACCGAUGGCAACAUAAAGGUUGUCACCGUUCGCACCCAACAGGGAACGUAUCGGCGAGGCAUUCUAAAAAUAUGCAUUCUUCCGAUCCGUGAUAAUCAACCGCAUGUCGAGGAUACACAGUAA